AUGGCCGCACUUCACCAGAGAUCCGUGGUCGGCAACCCCAUGUCAAACAGUUCCACACAGCGGGCAGUAAAUUUGUCCAUACUGUGUCUGGUUAUGGCAGUCGUUGCAGGGAUACUCGUUGGUAUACGUUUGGUUGGGAGAUACCUGAAGCGCGCCAUUGGUGCCGAUGACUGGACAAUAUUGGCAGCAUUUGCUCUUGCGCUUCUUUACACUGCUCUACAGGUAGUCUGUGUAGAACACGGCUUGGGCAGACACACCUGGGAUGUUUCUCCCGAGGAUAAAACACUGACAUUAAAGUACUUGUACAUCCUACAAGUUUCAUACAAAAUAUCGCUCUCUCUCAUCAAGAUAUCAUUUUUACUUCUCUUCAUACGAAUAUUCUCUGUCCAAAAGUUGUUUGUAUGGGCAUGUUAUGUGCUUAUAGGCAUAACUGCAGCUGCCGGUAUUGCAUUCACAUUCCCCACCGUAUUCCAAUGCAGGCCAAUAAAGGCCUAUUGGGAUCGUUCCGUCCCCCACAAAUGUAUCGAAAAUGCAGCAUGGAGAGUGUCAUAUGCACUACUCAACGUUGUCACAGACUUUCUCAUUUUCUUACUCCCCAUACGAGAAACUAUGCUGCUCCGGUCCAAUAUAAAGGAUAAAAUUCUGCUAAUUUUUAUCUUUUCCCUGGGCCUAUUUAUCAUUCGGGCGACGACUAUCUUCGGAACAUCCGAUAACCGUGACCCGUUAUGGAGCGUUGCUUUAAUAUCGGUAUGGAGCGCAAUUGAGCUCAAUACAGGCAUCAUCGUUGCAUGCCUACCUAUGUUACGCCAGUCAUAUUUCUUGAUAUUUCCAAGGGCAUCCUCUGCUCUCCGAGCGGCAGCUCAAACUGUCGAUCAUAUCCCCCAUCGAUUAAAGGAGUACAAAUUCAGCAGAUCGAUGCUUACUAGCUCAGCUCCAGACGAGAGCUAUUCCCAAUCUAACAGCCGCAAUGAGCGCCUUUCCAUGGGCGCCGUCAGGCCAGAUGAGGACCAUAUUCGAACAAUCGAUGGACGGACAGAGAGUCGUGAGAGGAUCGUCACAUCUUUUGGUUAUGGAGCCUCAGCGGGCCGCAACCCUGAGCCGCGGCUUUCUCCACGACCUUAUUUUUUUUUAGUGAAGAUAGCCGAAAGUAAAAGUUGGGGACUCUGUUAA